AUGACAACUCAAGUGAGAACUAAUGGAAAACUACCGCCAAAGCAUGCCAUUGACGAGUUAAGACGUGUUCUCAACGCGGCUGGCGGUUCUGCAGCCGAAAUCUUGUUGCCUCAAGAUGCUGCUUAUGAAGCAACAGUCAAAGAUGUUUGGAAUGGUGAUGUGGUCGGCAUUCGGCCAUUAAUGUUUAUACGAUGUACCAACACACAUGAUGUUGUACAUGCGGUGAAGUUCGCUCGUCAGCACAAUCUCGAUCUCACUGUUGCAGCCGGAAGACACGGCGUCCGCUGCUUCAAAGAAGGAGCUCUUUGCAUUGAUCUUUGUAAGAUGAGAGGUGUACAUGUUGAUCCCAUUGCUAUGACGGCGACUGUUGCUGGUGGUGCCAGAAAUGGAGAUUUGGACCAUGCAUGUCAAUUAUAUAAUGUUGGAACACCUGCUGGAACUAAUUCUGAUACUGGUGUUGGUGGCCUGACUCUAGGUGGAGGAUGGGGCUGGAUGGCGCGUUCUAGAGGAAUGACGAUUGAUAAUGUUCUUCAGGCCGAAAUUGUCCUCGCUGAUGGGACUGUUGCUGUUGCUUCUGAGACAUCCAACCCUGACCUCUUCUAUGCUGUCAGAGGAGCUGGACACAAUUACGGGGUUAUAACAUCACUUACUUUCAGAGUACAUCCAGUCCCCGUCUGUGUUGCAGGCCCCAUAGUCUAUCCAAUCGCGAAAGCUGAAGAAGUCUUGAUGAUAUGGCUCCCAGCGUCUUUGGCCAUCCCACGAAAAUUGGGUGUUGGAGCUCUACUUCGACCUGCUCCUCGUGGUAGCUUCUGUAUGCUGCAUCCCGUGUAUCUUGGAGACUCUCAAUCAGAGGCUGAAGCUCUCAUCAAGCCAUUCCGAACAAUUGCCGGAAAGCCGUUAGUGGAUCAAGUACAACUGAGACCGUAUCGCGAAUUGCAAAGAUAUGCCGAUGAUCAAAUGCCAAAGGGUGCGCGAUACUAUCAGAAAUCGCUGUUGGUUUCUGGCCUUACGAAAGAAGCCCUUCAAGUAUGUAUCGACUGGUUCAAGAGGGCACCACAAGGGCCUGACAAGAACUGCUCGAUGGAAUUGCUUCCAUUCGACGGAGCUAUCAGAGACAAGAGCGCUGAUGCCAUGGCUUUUGUACAUCGAGUCGCCGAUCAUUGGGUAUUGUUGGGGGGCAAGUAUACAAGCCCAUCUGCCAAAGAUGAAGUUGCUGCCUGGGUCAAUGGAUAUUACCAGGCUCUUGCUCCAUGGACUGUGGGAGAUAUGACCAACAGCCCCGGAUCAACUGACGCCAGUGGAAGCAUUGAGAAAACAUUGCAGAGAAAUUUUGAGAGACUGUCUGAAAUCAAGGCCAAAUAUGAUCCACAGGAUGUAUUCUGUAACGGGACUGUACACGUACCUCCUAAACGGACUGCUAGACUAUAG